AUGAGCUCUUAAAAUAAGUAAGUAUAUUUGUAUAAUUUUAAGUACAUAAGGAUUGUUUGGUGCAGCUUAAAAUCAAGGAGGUAAUAUAUUCGGUUCAACAGGAUUAAAUUUUAACUAAAGUGGAUAGACAUAGAAUUAAGGGUCUUAGCUUAGUAGUUUUAGUAUUUAAGGUAAUUUAGGUGGAGCAUAAUAAACAGGAGCAAAUUCUACAAUUCCUAAUAUCUUUGGUAACUAAGCACCUAGCUAAAAUAUGAAUACAAAUAAUACAGCAAAUAAUAUACUAUCUGGAUCAUUACCAACAGCCUAACCUCCAUAAUAAUAACAACCGACCUAAAUAAAUAACAACAUUUUUUAAAAUUAGGGGAAUGCAGCACCUUAAGCAAAUUAAACUGGAAUGGGCGGUUUAAGUCUUUUUUAAUAAUAACCAUAAGGUUCAUAAACAACAUAGACAAAUCUAAAUAAUUCUGCAUCUUUAUUUUAACUAAAUAGUUCUAAUUAACCUCCUUAAUCAACUUAACAAAACACAACUUAAUAAAAUCCAUAAACAGGUGGAGGAUUAUUUAAUAAUCCUACUUCAAAUAGAGUAGGUACAGGAAUAGGUGCAGAUACGAAUGCGAAUAUAGGUUUAGUGGGAGCAAAUGCAGGAGGAGGAUUGGGAACAAAUACUUUAGGUAUAAGUGCAGAUCCAGGAUAAGGAACAGCGACAGCUGGAGGAAUAUUUUCAUCAUAACCAUAAACAAGUAAUCCUUAACUUAAUUAAAAUAACAAUUCUUUAACUAAUUAAUAAAAUCCAAUUUCAGCUACUACUAAUACUAAUCCUACCUCAUCAUUAUAAACAUCCAAUCAAGCUUAACCAAAUUAAUCGAAUUUAUUUAUAGCUUCUAAUACUUUAUUUUCUAAUAACACCAAUUAAACUCCAGCAUAAUAACCACAAUAGUAAUAAAAACCUGCUUAAUCUAAUCCUAAUGAUUUAAAUAAAUAAAUAAUUACACCAACAAAUACUACAUAAAUAACUAAUAACAAUUUAACUACUCCAAGUAUUAUCUCAAUAGGAUAAUAACCAAAUUAAUUAUAAUAAACUACCUAAUAAUAGUAAUAACAAUAAUAAACAAACUCUCAAUAAACAUAAUAAUAAACUUAACCAUAAUAAUAACCGACAUAAUAAUAAUCAUUAAUACAUUAAGCUUAAUCUGUACCUUAAUAGUAAUCAUCAACAUCUUCAUAACCUUAAUAAAAAUUAUAAUUACCUAAUGAAAAAAAUAGUGAUUUUUUUAAAAUUAUGGAAAUCUUGAAUUGUAAAGAUGAUAUCAAAAUUUAAAAUUUAUUCAGAGAUGAUAAAAAUUUAUAUGAAAUCAUGUUAAAAGGAUCUGAUUGGUUUUCAUUCUCAGAUAAUAAAAUAUCACCUUCUACAGAUUCUCUUUUUGAUUAAGAAAUCAGAACUAAGUGUUUUGAUAAUAAAAUUAAAAGUGAAGUCUAUCAAGUCUUAAAAAGAAGUUUAUAAUAAUCAAGAGUUAAAAUAUUAGAAAAACAAUUUGAAAGAAAAUAAAAAGCACCUGAAAAAAGCAAAUUUUUUGACACUGAAAUAAAAAAAUUUUAACACAUCAUUUUUAAUCAUUAUGCUGAAUAAAGAUCUUAAUUAGUUGCAGGAUUAAAAUUAAUGCUUGUUAAUUUAAUUACUGAAGAGGAAAUUGGAAAUCCAUCAAAAUAAUUAAAUGAUAUGUUUAAAAGAGGUCUUAUCGAAGGAUUGGCUAAUUCUUUUUUAAGUGUCCCAAAAGCAUUGAAUUUUUAUUUAAAAUAAGAAUAAUUUUCAGAAGAAUACACCUUUUAAACAUUAUAACAUUUUGUGUCAGAAUAAACAUAAAUUCUAGAGAUAUUUACUAUUUUAUAAUGUUACUUUAAAAUAGAUAGAUUUGAAGAUUUAUAUGUCAAACCAGUCUAAAAAUUAAUUGAAAAUAUGAAAAUAACACAAUUUCUUGGUUUAUUUCAUAAAAAUGAGCAUCUAGUUUUCUAAGAGUAUAGUCCUUUAGCAUCUAAACUCUAGGAUGAAUAUAAGAAAAUAGCUUUCAUUUUUUUAUUAGCUUAAUGUAUUAGACCUUUAUAUUAAUAAAGAGAAGCUGAUUUAGAUGAUUAUCACCUUCCUCCACUUUGGAUAAGUAAAAUUGAAACAAUAAAAUAAUUACAACAAGAUUAUAUGUAAAAGAUAUUUUAGAAUGUCAUUUAACUCUAGGAAGGAAAGGAGGUUUCAAGUUAGAAUGAUUAUGAAAUAAGUUUAAGAUAUUUUGAAGAAGUUCUUAGAGUAUUGGAAAAUGCUUCAAUAAAUACACAUUUUUGGAAUUGUGUAUGCACUUGCAUUUAUUAAUGGAUUAGAUUUUAUAAAAUUAAAUAUUAAGAUGAUGAUUGUGAUGAUGAAAUUGAAUUAUUAUCGAAAAUAUUUUCAAUUCUUCUUUAAUUACCUUAACUUUGGUUUUUGUUUUGUGAUUUUGUAAAUGAAAAUAAUUCAGCUGAGUAAAUCAUAUUUGAAAGAUUAAAUAAAUUAAAAGUAUUUAGAAAAAUAAAUUAACCUGAAUCAUUAGAUUUAUUAUCAGACGAUCACAACCUUUUUUAAAGCUUACACAAUAUGAUCAGAGAUUUCUCAGAAGGAAAACUGACAAAUAAUCUAUAUAAAUCAUCUGAUUUCUUAGGAAGAAGUAAUCGAGCCUCUAUGGAUUAUUACAAUGAAUAAAAUAAAUUGAAAAACAAGACAUUAUCAAUGGGUAUUGACAAUCUAGGAAUAAGUGUUUACAAAUUUAAACAUGCUAUCAAAUUUAUUAAAGGAGAAGUCAGAAAAUCACCAAAUUCGAUAUAAAAAAUUGCUUAAUUAUGUAGUUCAAAUAACAUAAAUAGAUAGAUUCUUAAAAUAACAUUAGAAUGCACAAGAUUGAUAGAUUUAAUUAUUGAUACUUAUAAGGAUGAAGAGAAAGCUAUUUAAAUAAUUAAUAAUUUAUUAACAAUAGGUUCAGAGGCUGUUUAAAUUAUUAACUAUAUAUUUUCAGAUCCUAUGAUUUAAAGAGAAAUGGCUGAUGAAAUCAAUAAACUGCCUACAAAUGAAUAAUAAAUUUAAAGACAACAAGGAAUAUCGUAUCAUCCAUUAUUUGAAUUGUUUCAUAUAGCAAGAAAAUUUUAAGCUUCUUAUUAAUUUAAAGUUAAGUAAGUAAUCAAAAUUCAUUUGAAUUAUGCUUAAUUGUGUAGUACAAUAAUUGGGUAAGAUAAUCCUUUAUAAUUAUUUGAAUAACAAAAUAGUAGUCACUUCUAUCAAUCAUCUUAGCAUACAUUUGUGAAAAAUACACUUGAAACUUUCUUGAGAUUUUAAUUGCAAGAAUGGAAAAAAUUUGAGGAGGAUAAAAUGGAAGUUACAAUUGAAUAUUAGGCAAGUAUGUAUUUAGCUUUGCAAAUUAUUUUGAAAAAAUUUUUAUUUUAUCAUACUAAAGAAUACAAAGAAACAUAAUUACAUAAUUUGAUUAAAUAACAAUUGAAUGAAAUUAAUAGUUAAAUUAUUCUUGAAUUUUUAUUGACCAACUUAGAUGUUACACUAACAGAUUCAUUUUUUGAAGAUAUUGGAUAAAAAUAAUUAUCGAAUGAUAUCAACAUGAUUGGAAUUAAAAAUAAAUUAUUUGAAUAAGUUAGAAAUUGCGAUAAAAGAAAAAAUUAUGUAACUUCACUUUUGGUAAAUUUAUUGGAUUGUUGGAAUACUCUUAUUGAUUUAUAUUCUAUAUAUGAUGAAACCUUUAGCAAUAAUUUAUUGUUAAUUAAGCAAUUGCAUUAAUUUUUUUAAGAGGAACAAUAUUUUUUACAAUAGGUUGUGAGUACUUAUCAAUAAGAUAUUAAUAAUUAUAUUAGCAAUAAAGUAAAAUUAAAUUUCAUACAUUCUAUUUUGGGUCUUUUGAAUACGAUUAGUGAACCAUAGACUAAUUGUUAAGAUCCACCUGAUUUUAAUGAUGUGGAAUAGCAAACUUUUAAAUAAAUUUAUGAAGAUAUGAAAUUCAAAAAUUAUCGUUAGAUUUUAGAUAGAAAUUUACCUUAACAUAAUACUAUAUUCACAAGUGCAUUACGUUUGUUAUCUAAACCAUUAUUGAAUCAUAAUUUAGAAUAGAAUAUUACAACAAUAGAAACUGAAGAGAACUAAUUGUUAAAUAAGAGAAUUCAUUAUCAUCAUUUAAUUUUUUAGAGUCUUCAUACAAUUUUAAAUAGAUUAGAUAAGAAAUGUUAUUUGAUUGAAAAAUAAGAAAUAUUAGAAUUUUUAAUUAUAAGUUUGGAGAAUAAUUAAUCUUUUAUGUAAUAUAUUCUAAAAUCAUAAAACACUAAUUAAAAUUCUGGAAUAAAAUACAUUUUAGAACUAUUUUAAAACAUAUUUGGUUAUGAUGAAGAUUUAGAAUAAGAUUAUAGAAUUCCAAUGUUGGUAUUAGUAUUUUUGCAUUAAGUUUUAUGUAUAAAUUAAUCAAGAUAUUAAUCAUUUGCAAAAGAAUGUAGAUCAAAGUUUGCUUCUUUGAUGCUUAAAUUGUGUAGAGAAGUGUAAAUUUGUUUAAAUAAACGAUGUGAGAAGUUUACAAAGUUUUUAUCAUAUAAUAAUGCAAAAUGGUAUUUAACAAGAGAAACAGGAACAGCAAUAGAAUAGUGUAUAAUAGAGAACUGUGUAUUAGAUGCAAUAGAGGAAUUAGUAAUGUUAGAGUACUUUUUGAAAUUGUUAAUUAAUGAGAUGAAAUAAGAAAUAAAAGAGACAACAAAAGCUUUUGGAGAAUUAAUAAAAUUAAUGUUUUAAAAACAUUUUAUUAGAGAAUGGUACUUGCUAUUAAUAUAAUUCAGUGAUCAUAUUGAAUUUGCAAAAUUCUAAAAAAGGAUUCCUAUAAUAAAGAGUAAUAUAGUAUUUAAUUAUUUGUCUAAUUACAUUUACAGUUAUGGACGUGACUUUCAGAUAGAUAGUAAUACAGUGAAUUAUACAGGUGGGAAUGCAAUAGCAUAAUAGAAGUCAAAUAUAAUGGCUUCAUGGUUUACAUAGUUAUUGUCAACAUUUAAUUAAUUAUCUUAAUUUGUUUAAUUCUUUUUUUCUAUAGGUUUGACAGGUUCUCCUUUUAGUGAUAAUUAUUAAAAAGAUAUAUAUGAAGAUAUUGAACUUGGAGAUUCAAUAUUUUCUCCAAAUUAAGGAAAGGAAAUAAUUGAGGGAGGAGUGGUGAAACUAUUUGGUUAGGAAGAAAAUUAAUAUAGUGAAACAGAAUAUGCAUUUAAUGCAGGAUUAUACUUUUUAUAGAAAGGAAGUUAGAGUAUAUAUGGUUUAGAUACAUCUAAAAUUCAUGAAGAAUUAAUGGCUCCAGCAAUGGAAGUACUAAAUUAAAUCUGUUGGUAUAGUCAAUAGGUAGUUUGUAAAUUUAAGAGUUUGAAUUCAUAAAAAGAUGCUACAUUAAUGACAACUGAAAAACUUAAUACUAUGAGUAAACAUCAAUUUGUAUUCUUUAAACGUCUUUUAGAAUUGAAAUCUGUUUGUAAUAAUGAAUAUAAAGGAAAAUAUAAAUAAAUAUUAUUUAGUUGUUUUCAUUCAAUGUUGUUAGUAUUACAGAGUGUGAAAGAAGUCUAAUUGUAAGAACCUUAAGAUUUAGUGUAAGUAUUUCAUUAUUUCAUUUUGUAAAUAGAUUUCAGCGAUCCUAAUUGUAAAUAAUAAAUUGGACAAUUAUCAUCUAUAUUAUCUGUCAUAUUAAACAUAUAUCCAGCUAAUCCUGAAUUACUAGAAAAACCGAAUGAAGGAUUCUAUGAUAUUGUUAACUUAUAAUUAGAAGCUUUGAAAAAUUAAAAUAAUUCUAAAAUAUUUUAAUCAAUUAUCUAAUGUUGGAUAGAUAUCAUUACUUUCGAUAUUUCUAAUAAAAUUGAUGUAAGAUAUUUAAAAUCACUUACUUUUAUUGCAGAUGAAUAAAUUUACAAUUCUAAUGAAAAUGGAUAAUAUAAUAAUAAACAUUCAAUGUGGUGUCAUGUUUUAGUUUUAGUUAGAGAAUUAUUAGCAUAAGAUCAAUCAUAAUGUAGAUAGAUUUUAGAAUUUCUUACUUCUCAUGAAUAAAGAAUUCAUUCAGCUAUUAUUUAAAUUGAUUAAAGUUAGUAAUAUUAAUCACUUAGAUAAUUUACAGCUGUUACUGGAUUAACACUUAAACAUAUUUAAACAUAUUAAUAAAGUUAUAUGCUAUUUUUUGAAUUAUCUUAAAUUACUUAAUUCUUACUUGAAUUAAUUUUAUGUAAGAAUAUGAGAUUACAGUUUAAAUUAUAAUUAGAUAAGAUUAUCUAUACAUUUAUGGGAUAAUAUAGUCAAUAAUUAGGUAAUCAUAAAAAACUUAAGUAAUUCUUUCAAAGCUUUAAACCAUACACUUUAUUAGAAACCAAACUUAAUUAAUUAUUUGCUAAACCUGAGUCUAUGAAAAACUCUGAUUAUUUCUCAAUACCUUAAUCUGCAUAAAUGAUGAGAUAAAAUUAAACACCUUCUCCUCAUAGAACUGUUUAAAGAGAUCAAGCAUCCAAUUUUGAUGGUAAAUCAACUUAAGGUGGAGGUUAAAAAUUUAAUCUUAAAAGAGACAUAGACAAUAUUUCAUUAUUUUAAUAUAUCUGCUUAGUUGAAUACUUAAGGUUCUGUCGUUUCAGUAUUCAAGGUAUUGCAGCAUCUAUGAAUAUUUUUGAAGUGGAUCGUAAUUUCUAAUUGGAAGAUAAUGUUUGGAAUAGUUUUGGAAGUAACAUUCAAAGUUUCAUAUAAUUCAAUUUUGAUGCUUUUGCUAAUCUUUCAUAAUCUGAAUACAUCAAUAAUCUUAUUAAAAUGCAUUAAUGGCUUCUAGGUAAUUAUGAUUUCCAAAUCUAAUACAAUGGAUUAUAAUAAUUAUGUGUUUAUCCAAGUAAUUUUAUAUAAUAUUAUCAUAGCCAAUAGAGAUGAACUAUUACAAAUGUUUAUACAAAAUAUUAUUUACGGUUUCUGUGCUGAAUUAUAAUAUUUGUAAUUAAGAGAAGUCCAUAGAAAAAUCAAUUUUAUUAAAGAUUCUUACAACACUGAAAUCAAUCUAACUAAAGAAUUAAGUAUUAUUAUUAUAUUAAUAUUUUAGGUAAAUAUGCUGAAACACUCAAACCUAUUCAAUUUGUUAAAGAAAUGGAAGUAUAGGAUCUAUUAAAUUAAGUGUUGUCUUUUGGAGAAUAUCCAAUUAAUGAGGCUAAUGACAGCUACUUUAAUAGAUGGAAAACUAAAUUUGAAGAGAAAUGUGCAGAAUAUAAAAAAUGA